AUGGAGUCAACCUUCUCAGGAAGCGAUGUGCAAGAAACUGCUAUAGAUUUCAUUGCAGAAGAUAGUGAGACGGUUGUGCCCAUUGAUGUACAUGUGAAGAAUCUCAAUUAUACCAUCACAGACAAGCCUGGGAGUUGGUGGCAGAAGCUGACCCAUCUACAAAUGCCCUGGGAGUGGAUGGAGAAAGGACGAAUCAACCAUGUCCUACAAGAUAUCAGCUUCACGGCCAAGAGCGGCCAACUAAUGGCCAUCAUGGGAGGAUCAGGGAGCGGCAAAACGUCGCUCUUAGACGUUAUAUCAUGUCGGACGUCUGCCGGAACUAUCACAGGGGAGGUGUACCUCAACAAGUUUCUUCGCACAAGGUCACAUGAUCGGCUCAUCGGCUCCCUCACGGUCAGAGAGACUCUGAUGUUUGUUGCUCAACUGAAGCUGCCUAGAACUUUCACCUCAGUUAUUAUUAAAAAACGGGUAGAAAACGUGAUCUCAGAGCUGGGGUUGAAGCACCGAGCCGACACUAAAGUUGGGGAUGCAGCGCUUCGAGGCCUGUCUGGGGGCGAGAGAAGGCGAGUCAGCAUUGGCAUACAGCUGUUGAUUCUUCCAAGUAUUCUCUUCCUGGAUGAGCCUACAUCCGGUCUGGAUUCUUUCACAGCCAGUAACUUGGUACAGACCCUGUCUCGUCUUGUCGUUAAGAAAAGGACGAUAAUCAUGUCUAUACACCAGCCUAGGUUUGAUAUAUUCAACAUGGUGGAUACGCUGAUGAUUUUAUCCCGAGGACGUAUCGUCUACAACGGACCCGGCAAGGAUAUUGUUGGGUAUUUCACAACACUGGGGUUUCCCUGCCCAGAGCACACCAAUCCGUGCGACUUUUACAUUGAUCUGGCUACCGUGGACACAACGAGCAAGGACAGAGAGGAGUCGAGCCUGGCGAUCGUCACUGCACUGCAUGAAGCUUACAGGGUCACAGCAGAGGCCAUGCAGGUCUUCGAGAAGACCAACACUGGUGGAGCUUCUCAAGAUAUAAAGGCUAGGGCGCCAGCGCCUCUCACCAAGACAAACAAGAUGACCAGCUCCUGGUCGGUUGAGCACGCUGUCGAAGAGCACAGACUAGGGCCAACAUUGAUGACCCAGUUCUACAUUCUGUUCAUGCGAUUCGUCCGAAUCAAGGCGGAUAAUUACGUUGUGCUGCUCACCCACAUGAUUCAAGCCCUGAUGAUGUCCCUUCUACUGGGCCUGGUCUACAUUGACUUGAAGUACGACGACCAGUCGAUACGAGACUGGUUCUCCAUAAUGUUCAUGAGCAGUGUGAUGUACCCCUUUAUGGUCAUUCUUGGAUUGAUCGGCACAUGUCAUGAGGAAAGACAUUUUCUGUACUUCGAACUACAAGACAGGCUCUAUAGUCCAGCUGCCUAUUAUUUUGCCAGGGUAUCCAGCGAUCUGCCCUUUCAUCUUGUGUACGUUUUACUGUAUUGCCUUCCAAUGUACGGCAUGGCGGGCCUUACCGUAAGCCCCUACGCUUGCGGCAUGUUCUACCUCUUCGUGUCUGUCUCCGUAUUCACAUCCCGAUCUCUGGCCAUGAUGUCGGCGGUCAUCAUGCCAACCUACCAAAUCUCCAGCAUGUUGGCCCAAAUUAUUUUCUCUUUGUUCAUCAUGGGAGCCGGUUUCUUCAUCAACCUCAACAGUAUGAUAUAUGAAACCAGAUGGAUUUCUAAAGCAUCUUACCUCCGCUGGAGCUACCAGGCGCUGUGCAUCAUAGGAAUUAAUGAUCUGGAGUUCCACUGCAGCACAUACAACUGUACAAAUCUGACUAUCUCAGGCAAAGACACUCUCAAAACGUAUGCCUUAGACGGUGUCGAGCUAUGGGAGUGUGCCCUAGGCUUAGCCAUCUCCAUGUUUUUUUUCUUGUCUGUUAUGUUCGUAGGGUUAAAGUUUAUACCGCAAAAACCUCAUAAUGAUUAG